AUGGAGGGAGAGGGCUGUAAUCCUGGGGUAGCUAUAGAUUCAGGUAACCCCUUGCUAAAAGCAGUCUUCCUCCGUCGCCUGCGACUCACACGGCUGCUCCUGGAGGGAGGCGCUUACAUCAAUGAGAGCGACAGCCAAGGCCAGACACCCCUGAUGGUAGCCUGCAGGACCCAGCAUACCGACGCCCAGAGCGCCAGCCGGGACAAGCUGGUCCAGUUUCUUCUGGAGAAAGGAGCAGAUCCCAACAUCCAGGACAAGGAAGGUCGCUCUGCGCUGAUGCACGCCUGUCAGGAAAAGGCUGGCACUGAGGUGACGUCUCUACUCCUGGCCAGUGGAGCAGACAUUAGCCUGGAAGAUCAGUCCGGGACAUCGGCGUUGGUGUACGCAGUCAUGGCCGGAGACUGGAAGGUUUUGAAGCUGUUGCUCGACACAUGCAAGGCUAAGGGGAAGGAGGUGAUCAUCAUAACGACUGACAAAUUCCCAUGUGGGAAACUGCAAGCUAAGCAGUACCUCAGCAUGCCUCCUCUUAGUCCUCUUGAUCAGACGGACAAAACUAUAUCAGCAGCUCCUGCAUCCCCGUCUGAAAUUCAGCUCAUCACUUCCCCCCAGUGUACUUCCUCUUCCUUAUGUCCGCCAAAGCCUGUCUUCUCCUUUAAAGAAGCCCAGUCCUGUGGUGUUAGCUCCCAUCCAUGUUCCCCAUCACGGUUUCAAAGGCUCGGCCAAGCGGCGCCGCACGGACUGCAGCAGCCCCUCCUAAGGUUGAACUCUGAGCCCUGGCUAAAGAUCCCGGCUUCUCUGCUCAGCCAGCAGCCUCAUGCGACAUCGCCUUUAGAAAACGGUAACCAAACUGAGGACCUCUCUCUCAGAAUUCCCAAACUGGAUGAGGACAACAGCACAAAUUCAGCAACUGCCGCCUUCAAAUGGUAUGAAGGAAGAUUGGCGAGGUACAAAGGACUUGAAGGAAAUGCUAAGAAUGAAUGUGGCAAACAAGUUGGACCAAAAAUGUCCUUACCAGGUCUCCUAUCAUCCCACUCUGCCUCCCACCCUAACCUCCAUUCUGUAAACCUUGGAACAGAUUCAAUCGCCUCCUCUUCCUCCUUUUCUGGUGGCAAAAAUCUUGGCACUCCACUUCACAGCAUGGCCUCGUCAAGCCUUCAUAGCAUAAUCCAGAGGCGCAAGCUUGGGGCAGACAUCUACAGCUCUGACCCCCAGCUCGCAGUAGACAUCCAAAAUCUCCCUGACGAGUCCCAGCAGAAAGCGAGAGACCUAACAGAUGGCAAGAGGCUGGCCCCGUUGCGCUGCUCCAGCACACUGGGCUCCAGGGAGUCACCAUCGACUUCAGGCCCAAGCAGGAGAGUCCUGGCUGGGUUUGAGCGGAGAGGGUCUGGAGCCUUCUUGUUGGACCACAACUCCCAGGUCAGACCUAGAUCUCUGCCACCUCUGACCCUCAACUCCACCAACAACCCCAUCCUUAAUGUUUAUAACCUCAACUCCAGUGCCGAAGGUAGUUUCUGUGAGAAAGAGCCUGGCCUUAAAAAUUUCCUUCCCUCUGCUCCUCCCGGGCACCCGAAAGAGCUGACCAAGAGGAUGCUGCUGAGGAGACACUCGAUCCAGACCGAACAGUUCAAAACCACCGCUUGA